AAGUGGCGCGCGCGCGCCUGCUCAAUGCGCACUAGCUGGGAAGUCCUGUCCCGGCCUAACCAGUGCCUCGCGAGUCGCCGUAGUGCUUGCUUGCUGGGCGGGUUGUUGAGGAAUGGAGAUGGUGGGUGGCUGUAGUGAUCGCGGUGGUGGCGAUCGCCAAGGCUCUUCCGCGGACCCACAAAGCACCUUUGUGUUGGGUAACCUAGCGGAGGUGGUGGAGCGUGUCUUCACCUUCCUGCCCGCCAAGGCGUUGCUGCGGGUGGCCGGCGUGUGCCGCUUAUGGAGGGAGUGUGUUCGUCGGGUGUUGCGGACGCAUCGGAGUGUGACGUGGAUCUCCGCAGGCUCGGCGGAUGCUGGCCAGUUGGAGGAGCAUUGCUUGGUCCGCGUUGCAGCUGAGGAGCUUGAGCAGAAUGUUCACAUCUUACCACAGACAGUUCUUUACAUGGCUGAUUCAGAAACUUUCAUUAGUCUGGAAGAGUGUCGUGGCCACAAGAGAGCAAGGAAAAGAACUACUAUGGAAGCAGCAUUUGCCCUUGAGAAGCUAUUCCCAAAACAAUGCCAAGUCCUUGGGAUUGUGACCCCAGGAAUUGUAGUGACUCCAAUGGGAUCAGGUAACAAUCGACCUCAGGAAAUAGAAAUUGGAGAGUCUGGUUUUGCUCUGUUAUUCCCUCAAAUUGAAGGAAUAAAAAUACAACCCUUUCAUUUUAUUAAGGACCCAAAGAAUUUAACACUAGAAAGACAUCAACUCACUGAAGUAGGUCUUUUAGAUAACCCUGAGCUUCGUGUGGUCCUGGUGUUUGGUUAUAAUUGCUGUAAGGUGGGAGCCAGUAAUUAUCUGCAGCGAGUAGUCAGCACUUUCAGUGAUAUGAAUGUCAUCUUGGCUGGAGGCCAGGUAGACAACCUGGCAUCACUGACCUCUGACAAAAACCCUCUGGAUAUUGAUGCCACUGGUGUGGUUGGACUGUCAUUUAGUGGACACCGAAUCCAGAGUGCCACCGUGCUUCUCAAUGAAGAGGUCAAUGACGAGAAGACUGCUGAGGCUGCAAUGCAGCGCCUCAAAGCUGCCAGCAUCCCAGAACAGAAUACCAUUGGCUUCAUGUUUGCAUGUGUUGGCAGGGGUUUUCAGUAUUACAGAGCCAAGGGGAAUGUUGAGGCUGAUGCGUUCAGAAAGUUUUUUCCUAGUGUUCCUUUAUUUGGCUUCUUUGGAAAUGGAGAAAUUGGAUGUGAUCGCAUAGUCACUGGGAAUUUCAUAUUGAAGAAAUGUAAUGAGGUGAAGGAUGAUGAUCUGUUUCACAGCUAUACAACAAUAAUGGCACUGAUUCAUCUUGGGUCAUCUAAAUAAAGCCAUCUGUAAAGUGGCUUUCACAAUAUAAAACUUUUGGGCUCUGCCUUUCCUAGAAAAUGGAAAUUGGGAUAUGUCUAUUUCAAAAAAAAUAGUAACUUUAUAUGUAUCAGUUUUAUAGCUUUGACUAUAUCCGGGGUAGUUUUUAAUUAAUUAGAUGGACAACUUUGUACCUAACAUAAUGCACACAGAAUUGAGAGCUUUUGCGCCAAACCAAUUACGGCUAUACUGUACUGGAUUAUGUAGCUGCUAUGUAAUGUGACGUAAAUAGUCUUCUUCAUAGGAAGAUUGAAAGAGGAUUCAUCAAUAGGAUGGAGCUUUAAGACAUUCCAUGACUACCUCUGAACUAUUAGAUCUUUUAGCAAAAUCAUGAAGACAUUUUUUUCUCCCUUAAUGAAGGAGAAACAUACAUGAAUAGCUUGAGAAAUCUUUCUCUGCUUUACAGUUUUACCGAUUUUUUUAGAAACUGUAACAAAAUUAUUACUUUUUACUUAUUUGACAAAAAUUAAAGAACUAUUUUUGUUCUAGUACCCUGAAGUUGCUUAGUCAAAUAAAUUGCCAAGACUAAUCAGUAUUUUAUUACUUUAUAAGGAAAACAUUUCCUUUUCCCUCAAUGAAGGAAUUGUAAGAGAAGAAUCCUUUUCACCUAAUUCUAUAUAGAACUGGCAGACCAGACAAUUACAUCACCUUAUUUUGGUCUUAUACCAAUAAAAUGUACCUUGGAAACUCA